UCCGGUUCAACACACCAGGCUUUGGCGAGCCUUUCCUUUUUCAUCCCCUUGUUCAUUAAGUAGAUUUUAAUAACUGGAAUUUCAGUGAGUCAGCCCCAAGAGCCCAAAAGUAACUGGCUUUUAUUUUUUUCUUGAAACAUGGCCGAACAGACCAAAACAGAGUUGUCAUGCGGGGAGUACGGCAGGCCCCUCCUCUGGUACCCCCUGAGAAAAUGGUGGCAAUCCAGUCGGCUUUUCGGUCAGGAUGUUGGCCUGCCACCUCUACUGGAGCCAGGGGACGCUCGUUGGAAGGAUGUGGACUGGCUCCAGAGGAGUUUGGCAGCCUGCUCCUGGCCGGGGUACAUACCCGCUCCGCUGUUUGUGCCCCACAUCUCAGAGUCGACGCAUCAUCCAGGCCAGAAGAUUAGCCAGUGGAGGGUCAGCAUGGACGUGGCUCACUUCUCCCCCUCGGAGAUUUCGCUCAGCGUCAGAGACGGAUUCCUGGAAGUUGGAGGGAAGCACGAGGAGAGGCCAGACGAGCACGGAUUUAUUGCCAGAUGUUUUACAAGGAAAUACAGGCUCCCAGCUGAGAUGGAUGUUACCAAACUCACGUCCACACUUUCUGUCGACGGCAUCCUGACGGUGGAAGCUCCCGUCCCUGAAACCUCUGUCCCUGCUGCCUUCAUCAUUCCAAUAAAGGUGGAGAUAGAGACGUCGGGAGAAGAGGAAGUAAAACGCGAGGAGGAGGAAGCAGAAGCAGCAGCCAGCCACACGGAGGCCGAGAUACCAUCCGCAGAGGAUCACGGAGAACAGCCGCCAUUAGAGACACAUGACGGCCAGGUUCAACCUGGCAGUGCCACUGGAGAGAUUCAGGAGGAGGAGGAGAAGGAGGAGAAAGAAGCGAAGGAGGAGAAGGAGGAGGAGACACUUGAAAAGCCAGAAGCAGAGUCCCAGCCUUCAGUGCCUGCAGAUGACAAAGGCACAGAGAGUCUUCAAGAUACUUCUGAGCACCAGGAAACCACGGAAAGCCAAGAAACCGCGGACCCAUCCAAACUGCUGGAACAAAAAGAAGCUGCUGUGGAUGGAGAGAUGGAGGGAAUGGCAGGUUCAGGAGAGGUGGCUGAGGAGAUGAUCCAGCCUGAGGAGCAGGAGCAGGAGCAGAAGCCGGACCAGGAGCAGGUCCAGGAGCCGGUCCAGGAGCAGGUCCAGGAGCAGGAGCAGAAGUCGGACCAGGAGCCUGUCCAGGAGCCAGUCCAGGAGCCGGCCCAGGAGCCGGUCCAGGAGCAGGUCCAGGAGCAGGUCCAGGAGCAGGUCCAGGAGCAGGUCCAAGAGCUGAAGUCUACCGACAUAAAGCAAGAACACAUCGAGUAAAGAAAAACACAGGAUCAUGUUGAGAAAACCCAGAAAUAGCCUGCAUAGCUUGCUUUGCACCAGUUCCACACGUGCAUUCUAGUCAGUAGAUUUACCAGCCACAUAGUCAUGCUGUCUUUGGAGCUCCAAUAAAACACCGGCAUGUGAAAAAAAAAA